GGCGUUGAUUGGCUGCUCUCCGCGGGGGCGGGCCUAGAGGGCAGGUGCGCGCGGUCGAUCAUGGCGGGUGCCGGAGUGCUGCCGCUGCCGCUGCUGCUGCUGCUGGCGGCGAGCGGGGCCGCGGGUGAGCCGUGCCCCGAGCCCACCAUCGUCCCCUCCUAUUACACCACCUCGGACGCCGUCAUCGCCUCCGAGAGCGUCUUCGUGGUGGAGAUUUCCCUGGUUUGCAAAAACGGCGCCCAGAACGUGGCUCUUUACGCCGACGUGAACGGGAAGCAGUUCCCGGUGACCCGCGGGCAGGACGUGGGCAGGUACCAGGUAUCCUGGAGCCUGGAGCACCGCCAGGCCCAGUCUGGCACCUACGAGGUGAAAUUCUUCGACGAGGAAUCCUACAGCGCCCUACGCAAGGCCCAGAGGAACAACGAGGACGUGUCCCGGGUCCGGCCGCUCUUCACCGUCAGCGUCGAUCACCGGGGUGCCUGGAACGGGCCCUGGGUGUCCACGGAGGUGGUGGCAGCAGCCGUCGGGCUCGUGGUUUAUUACCUGGCCUUCAGCACCAAGAGCAGCAUCCAGGCUUAAAGAAAACCCCGAAAAAUCCCCGAAACCUCCCCGGAAAAAUCCCUGAAACCGCCCCGAAAAAAUCCCCGAAAAAAUCCACGAAAACUCCUCAAAAAAAUCCCCGAAAAAAUCCACGAAAACUCCUCAAAAAAAUCCCUGAAAAAAUCC